AGCUGGACACGAGGCGAGCUGGCUCGCGUGCACCUUCAGGAAACUCCAUUUAUCGAUCCUCCGAUUCGCUUUCGCGCUUUCGAAGAACGAACGCGAACGGUACGACGCAAGCUCGUGCCGAACGAGAGGAGAGCUUUCCUAGUGCGACUGGUGGGGUGCUUUUAUAUGUUGCUUCUAUCCGUGUGUGUUGAAAAGAGCAAGAGAGAGAGAGAGAGAGAGAGCAAGGGAGGGAAGGAAAGAGAGAGAAAGAGAGAAAGAGAAGAGAGAGAAGAGAAAAAGGGAGAAAGAGAAAAAGAGAGAAAGAGAAAGAUAUAGGGAGAUAGACGUGUAUAUACAUCUCUCCCUCUUCAUCUUUACCACCUCGUUCUACCUCCCUCUUUCGAGUAGCCCGCGCUCAACGUUACGUUUCGUUUCGUUUCCUCGAGAUAUUCUACUCUAGAUACCUCCACUUCCUCGUCUUCGUCAUCAUCACCUUACUAACUAGCUUUUGCCAUUGCCGUCAUCAUAAGGCGGCUACAUAAAUAUAGAUUACGCGCAUUGAGAGAGUACGCAUUUCCGGCAUCCAAAUAGGUGCGAGGUAAUCUAUACGAUCAUGCCGGAGAAGAUGAGCGAUCAAGAGGACCUGGAAUACUGCAUAAUGUUUCCUUCCUUUCCACCAUCGCCAAAGGAUCCGACGACGUUGACUUCGUCCACGAACAAUGGACAGGAUCAUAAGGAGGAAUUCGUCUUCGUUUAUGAAGAGGACAAACGGCCACUUGUCGUCCUACUUGGAUGGGCUGGCUGUCAAGAUAGAUACUUGGCUAAAUACAGUGCUAUCUACAAGGAGAAGAGUUGCAUCACUCUCCGUUAUACGGCACCGAUGGAAUGUCUAUUUGGACGAAGAGAUAAAAUGCCUUAUAUAGGCAAACGAUUAUUACAGGUGAUUGCUAAAAACAGUUUGAACGAUCAUCCGAUAUUCUUUCAUAUAUUCAGCAACGGUGGUGCUUUGCUUUAUCAACACAUCAGUAUCGCGAUGCAACAAAUGGAUUCUCCGAUACAAUCCCAAGUGAAAGGGGUAAUAUUUGACAGCGCGCCUGGUGAAAGAAGAGUUACGUCCCUGUUCAAAGCUAUCAGUGCUAUCAUCGGUGGACAUCCUCUGACGAAUAUACCAAUGUCUUUCUUCAUUACAAUCUUCCUCUCAAUGUUCUGGUUCUUCGAGGUGGUCGCUCAUGCUCUUGGACGAGGUUUUACCAUUCAAUCUAAUCCAUACACACUGAUGGAAGAAUCUUAUUCUUGGCCGCAACUCUUUCUUUACUCGAACACCGAUACAUUGAUUCCAGCUGCCGAUGUCGAGAAAUUCGCAAGCCGACGUGCAGAACGCGGUGUACGCGUACAACUUGUCCUCUUUACAAAUUCACCCCACGUAAAACAUUAUGCAAUGUAUCGUGAGGUCUAUGUGAACACGGUUUGCAGUUUCAUCAAUGAGUGCCUACAAUCUGGCAACCCGUCCAAGAGAUUUGAGAAGUCAGCAAGUCAUGAGGACGAACGAAUCGAAACUGACGUUUACGACGCCCAACCCGGCCUGACGAAACGCGUUGUUUUGCCUAACGAGGCAACGAAAUAUCAAAAUUAGAAAACGCAUGAGAACGAGCCGUACGAUUUAAUAAUAAUAACAAUAAAAAAGAAUUGUUUUUAGCAAAA